UUGUCGCAGUAAUUAUACGCCUGUGUCAUAAGUUUCGCGGGAAAUAUGGCGCACGAAGCAGGCAGUGCGGACACUGUACAGUGUCCCGUGUGUUCGGGUGACUUUGAGGCGUCAGAAAUCAACACUCACCUGGACAGCUGCCUGAUGAAGCAUGCCGAGACCCACGCAUUAAGUGCGGAUAGAGGAAAUGCCAGCGAAAGCGGACCCCCUUACAAAAAAACCCGGGUUUCAAGCGAAAGUGCCAAGGGUGAAAAGAGCGAUUCACUGGCCGCCACCGGGACCCCUGACAGCACAGGGAACCGUGCAUUCUCUGUGUCUGUUUUCGCAAUGUUUCAGAGCAACAGGAGCAAGGCUCCCGCACAAGGCGAACGGAGCGCGUUUUUCUGCAGCAAACAGGGCGGCCCUGCGGGGGCCAAAGGCGCGAAAAGACCUGCGCCAGAAGAGAAGGAGGUGUCCCCGAAGCUGCAGACCUGCGGGUCGGGCACGGCGGGUCCCGCCACGUCGCUCCUGGACAGCGGCAAACCUUUAGCGGAGUUAAUGCGACCCAGCACGCUGGAGGAGUAUUUCGGACAAAAUAAGGUCGUGGGGGAGAACACCCUGCUCAGAUCACUGCUGGAGUCCCAGGACAUCCCGUCCUUGAUUCUGUGGGGGCCGCCUGGGUGCGGAAAGACCACCCUGGCCCACAUCAUCUCCAGCAACAGCAAGAAGAGCGGCGCCGCCCGCUUCGUCACGCUGUCCGCCACCAGCGCCUCCACCAAUGACGUGCGAGAGGUCAUCAAGCAGGCCCAGAACGAGCUGCGGCUCUUCAGGAGGAGGACCAUCCUCUUCAUCGACGAGAUACACCGCUUCAACAAGUCCCAGCAGGACACCUUCCUGCCCCACGUGGAGUGCGGAACGGUGACGCUGAUCGGGGCCACCACGGAGAACCCCUCCUUCCAGGUGAACUCGGCCCUGCUGAGCCGCUGCCGGGUGCUGGUGCUAGAGAAGCUUUCGGCGGAGGCGAUGGGGGCGAUCCUGGGGCGGGCGGUGGCGGCGCUGGGGCUGAGGGUGCUGGGACAGCCGGGCGACGGCUCGGGCGACAGAACGGGCGACAGCGACGGCGGGACCCCUCCCGGGCGAGCGGGCGAGCUAUCUGAGCCCAGGGUGUUCAUUGAGCAAAAGGCCCUGGACACCAUCGCCCACCUGUGUGACGGAGACGCCCGGGCGGGUCUCAACGGGCUGCAGCUGGCUGUACAGGCCCGGCUGGGCGCCGCCCGGCUGGGCCAGUCCAAACCUGGCAGCACCUCUCAGGAUGUCCUGGUGCAGGAGGACCAUGUGAAAGAGGGGCUGCAGAGGUCCCAUAUCCUCUACGACAGGGCAGGUGAGGAGCACUACAACUGCAUCUCCGCCCUGCACAAGUCCCUGCGAGGCUCCCACGCCAACGCCGCCCUCUACUGGCUGGGCCGCAUGCUGGAGGGGGGUGAGGACCCGCUGUACGUGGCCCGCAGGCUGGUCCGCUUCGCCAGCGAGGACGUGGGGAUGGCCGACCCCGCCGCCCUGCCCCAAGCCGUGUCGGCCUUCCAGGCCUGUCACUUCAUCGGCAUGCCGGAGUGCGAGGUGAUGCUGGCGCAGUGUGUGAUCUACCUGGCCAGGGCGCGCAAAUCGGUGGAGGUGUACAAGGCCUACGGGAACGUGAAGGCCUGCCUGCGGAGCCAUCGGGGGCCGCUGCCCCCCGUGCCCCUGCACCUCCGCAACGCCCCCACCAGGCUGAUGAAGGAACUGGGCUAUGCCAAGGGCUACAAGUACAACCCCGCCUUCAGCGGGCCGGUGGAGCAGGAGUACCUGCCCGAGGAGCUCAGAGGGGUGGACUUCUUCACCUGGACGCCCUCUGACCCUUAGCCCCAUGUAAGAUCAGUGCCCCUGAAAACCGCUGUAUUCCCAAUAGCUCCUGUAACCUCUGUAUGCACAUUGGUCCCAGAGGCCUCUGCAUUCCCAUUGGCCAGCUGGAGUCUCUGUUCCCAUUGGCCUCUGAAGCCUCUACAUUCUCACAAAGUAUUGCAAACUAUCCUCCGGAA